CACUCGGGGUUGGGCGCAGCGCCGCGCACAGCGUCCGCCGGGCCUGAGGCCGAGCCGCCGCCAUGCCCUCGGAAAAGAGCUUCAAGCAGCGCCGCACCUUCGAGCAAAGAGUUGAAGAUGUACGACUGAUCCGAGAUCAGCAUCCAACUAAAAUACCGGUGAUCAUUGAAAGGUACAAGGGGGAGAAGCAGCUUCCUGUUUUGGAUAAGACCAAAUUCCUGGUGCCAGAUCACGUCAACAUGAGCGAGCUCAUCAAAAUCAUCAGGCGACGCCUGCAGCUGAACUCCAACCAGGCCUUCUUCCUCCUGGUGAACGGCCACAGCAUGGUGAGCGUCUCCACACCCAUCUCCGAGGUGUACGAGAGCGAGAAGGACGAGGACGGCUUCCUGUACAUGGUGUAUGCCUCUCAGGAGACUUUCGGAGUGCAAUCUUCCAUCUAGGACACGCAGGUGGCUUCUAGCCUAGGAUUUCGGUUUACCCUUGGCCAUCACCCCCACUCUUCCCCACACGCACCCCAGGGAAAGAAACGGAUGUCACCUACGCUCUCAGUACCUUAGCAUAGUCUUGCUUUAGCAGGUGUUUUAUCUUACCUUGCCUUGUUUGUGACUAUUAAACAGUACAGACGAGCGCCUCCAGCUUUGAAACCUGCUGUAAUAUCCCACACAGGCACAUUUACAUGUCUGGACUUGACGAAUGGAACCCAGUUGUGCAUGUGAUGAUUGCAAAUAAAGGGACACUCGAUUGACUUUAAUGAGCAAACAGGCACCAGUGAGGAGCUAAAGUGUUUCUGUGACAGUUUUCUGGAGAAUCUCCCUCUGAUUCCUCAAAGCCUUUCUUUUUCUUUUUCUUUUUUUUUUUAAUGGGAGGGCUUCUAAUUGAGAGCAAAUGUGUUUUAAUGUUCCAAAGCAGAGCUUUGCCUUCUGCAGCUCGCUGAGAUCUGUGUCGGUGCUGCAGCCGUCAAGGUGAGCGUUUGGGGUGAGCUGGGGGAGUGCAACUGCAGCUCUUCAUCUCCUCUUCUUUUGGCACUGCUGACGUAGGGACAGUGCCAUUUUCUGAAAUAACUCAUACCAAACACCACAGCUUUAUUAUAGUUUUAGGAAGCAUUAACUGUAAGCACCUGGACAGGUAACACUGAAAUAAACUCCAGUCUGUCGUGAAUUUA